GAGAGAGAGAGAGAGAGAGAGAGAGAGAACUAGACAUAGAGAGAAGAGUGUGUGUGUGUGUGUUUUUUUUUCAUCUCCAUCAUCAUUAUUCAACCCAAAGAACCGUUUGCUCUGUCAUUUUAAUCUUCCGAUUUUCUCCUUUUAGAGAGAGAAACGAUUCAUGUUGUAGAGAGAGAACGAGAAAUUGAAAUGGUUGAACUGGAAAUCGGAACAAGGGAUUGAAGAAGAAGAGAGAAAAAUUGUUUGAUGGGUCUGUUUGAUGGUAUGAUCUUGUGAAAACCCAGAAAGGAAAUCAGAGACUAGAGAUCGUUGGUUGGUUGGUUGAUUCAGAGAUGAACAACGGUGGCGAUGAGGUCGUCGAAGCUCCGCCGGCGGGUCCACCACAGCCGCUGGAUUGGAAAUUCUCCCAGGUUUUCGGUGAACGCACGGCUGGGGAAGAGGUUCAGGAAGUGGACAUAAUUUCUGCUAUUGAAUUUGACAAGUCUGGUGAUCAUCUUGCUACGGGUGAUCGAGGUGGUCGAGUAGUUCUCUUUGAGCGCACAGAUGCAAAAGAUCAUGUUUCGAGAAGGGAUUCGGAGAGGAUGGACUAUUCAAAUGUUGGUAGGCAUCCUGAGUUCCGUUACAAAACAGAGUUUCAGAGUCAUGAGCCUGAGUUUGACUAUCUUAAGAGCUUGGAAAUAGAAGAGAAAAUUAACAAAAUCAAAUGGUGCCAAACAGCUAAUGGUGCUCUCUUCCUUUUAUCUACAAAUGAUAAAACAAUUAAAUAUUGGAAGGUUCAAGAAAAGAAGGUCAAAAAAAUUACUGACUUGAAUGUUGACCCUUCAAAAGCAAUGGGAAAUGGUUCUAUUGCUAGUUCAAGUAAUUCCAGUAGCUCUAGGCCAUAUCUUGCAAAUGGAGAGUCUCCAGAAAGAUCGCACAGUUAUCUAAGCACUGAUUUCUCAUUUCCACCAGGAGGCAUACCUUCGCUAAGAUUACCCUUGGUAAAUGUAACCAGCCAUGAGACCAGUCUGUUGGCUCGUUGUCGUCGAGUGUAUGCACAUGCUCAUGAUUAUCAUAUCAAUUCUAUUUCCAAUAACAGCGAUGGCGAAACUUUCAUAUCAGCUGAUGAUUUGCGAAUAAAUCUUUGGAACCUUGAAAUUAGCAACCAAAGUUUUAAUAUUGUUGAUGUAAAGCCUGCAAAUAUGGAGGAUCUAACUGAGGUUAUAACAUCAGCGGAAUUUCACCCUACACAUUGUAAUACAUUAGCGUAUAGCAGUUCAAAGGGUUCAAUUCGUCUGAUUGACUUGCGGCAGUCAGCCUUAUGUGAUUCUCAUGCCAAACUAUUUGAGGAGCAGGAGGCCCCAGGGUCUAGAUCAUUUUUCACAGAGAUUAUUGCUUCUAUCUCAGACAUAAAAUUUGCAAAGGAUGGAAGAUAUAUACUCAGUCGUGAUUAUAUGACUCUAAAGUUAUGGGACAUCAACAUGGAUUCAGGCCCAGUUGCAACGUUCCAGGUUCAUGAGUAUUUAAGGCCAAAGCUUUGUGAUUUAUAUGAAAACGAUUCAAUUUUUGACAAGUUUGAGUGUUGUCUGAGUGGUGAUGGAUCACGUGUUUCAACUGGUUCUUACAGCAAUCUAUUCCGUGUGUUUGGUUGUGCCCCGGGAAGUACUGAGGCUACGACUUUGGAAGCCAGUAAAAAUCCAAUGAGGCGACAAGUUCCAACUCCUUCAAGGCCUGCUAGAUCACUGGGGAACAGUAUAACUAGAGUUGUAAGACGUGGAGCUGAAAGCUCUGGUGUUGAUGCAAAUGGGAAUUCUUUUGAUUUCACGACAAAGUUGCUGCACUUGGCGUGGCACCCAACUGAAAAUUCAAUUGCUUGCGCUGCUGCGAAUAGCUUAUACAUGUACUAUGCUUGAGGAAAGAUGGUUGAAGGACAUGAAUUUGCUUCUUCAUUAACCUGUUUUUUGGGUUGCUGUGGGAAAAGGCUUCUUUUCCCUUGUUACCAACCAUUGAGUUGGAGGCUACAUUAACUCACACUACAAGUGCCCUUCAAAAUCUUUAGCAGGAGCUCUUUAUAAAGAUCCAGAAGUGGCUGUUUCGAAAUUCCUGGGUAGGCAGAUUUUAUUUUGUUUCUGGAUGGGGCAUCUUAGUUUUAAUUUUUUUUCUUUCAAUUUUCCUCCUUCUGAUUCCGACCCUAAUAUUCUUUCCCCCUUUUUCUGCAUCUUCUUCUUGUGAAAGAGAAGGUGCAGUCAAAUGCUUCAUAUUGUGUUUGGCUUGGAAAUGAAGAAGAAAAUGUGAUUGUAGCUCUCCUACAACAGAUAAAGAUAAAAGAUAAAAUGUAGUUCUUUUCUUUUUGCCCAGAUAGAUGUCUUGUGGGAUGGAGCAGUGGAAACAUGCAGUGCAUCAUUUUUUCAUUGAUUAUUUUUGUGUUGGUAAUUGAAUUUGGCAUGUUUUGAAGUCUAGUUUUUGCUACACUGUCAAUUUUUGUGUAAAAUGUCAAAGGAAGUAAUUAUUUUUUGUUGCAA